UUAUCUUAUCUGGUGGCUUGACAAAAGUAGUCUAGUGCCACGGUGGCUGGCCGCGCAGAACAAGAGGUCUGAGGCUGAGAUAAACUUUACUCAAGAUAGCUUCUUCACCUCUUGCAGAAAAACGCAAAUUUGCCAAACUUGUUAGGAAAAGUACUUUUAUCUAUCUACUACUAAAUUAUCUCUCGCCUCCGGGCCGGGCUGUGGAUAAAUCUUAAUCUGCGCUCAACCAGACAAUAAUCAACCCCAUAAAUUUUGAAAGGACUUGGGAGCUGGUUAUGCAUAAAUCAAAGAAACGAAAGACUGUUCACGAACAGCCUUCCGAACCUAACGGCGGCAUUGAGGUUGAUACUUCGAAACCCACAGCUGUAUUUACCCCCCGCGGAGGAAGAUCACAAACAUUGAGCAUCGCUCUUCCGGGGAGCAUCAUUGCAAACGCCCAAUCGCACGACCAAAAAACAUUCCUAGCAGGUUCAAUCGCCCGUGCGCUGGCAGUAUUCUGCGUCGAUGAGGUCGUAAUAUUCGACGACGAUGCCCGCCAAACACGAUCCAAACCCUACCAUAAUGCAAACGAAGAUGAAUACACUGCCUACUCCGACCCUUCACAUUUCCUCGCACACGUCCUCUCCUACCUAGAAACCCCGCCCUAUCUCCGAAAAUACCUAUUCCCCAUGCAUAGAAAUCUCCGAACGGCGGGAACAUUACCGAGCUUGGAUAUGCCGCAUCACAUACGAGCAAAUGAAUGGUGUGAAUAUCGAGAGGGCGUUACUGUCUCGGCUAGCGAGGAGCAAGCGGAUGCUAGAACGGCUAGGGAAUAUGGCAAUACGAACCAUGAAAGAAAGAAAGGAAAGAAAAAUAAGGAAAAGAAAGGACAGGGCUCAUCAACUUCUUAUACGUUGGUUAAUACAGGUCUUCCAGAGAAAUCUCGCGUGCCUCAUAUCCCUGCGCCGGAAAAUACGCGAGUAACUGUCAAGUUCGGGGCAUCAAAAGAUCCAUCAGAAGUUGCUGAGGUGGUAUCACCUGUUACACCGCGGGAAGAAAUGGGUUACUACUGGGGGUAUUCGGUGAGACGAUGCUCCUCGCUUUCUACCGUGUUUACCGAAUGCCCCUUUGAAGGUGGGUAUGAUUUGUCUUUUGGGACAUCGGAACGGGGUGCCCCGUUAUCCGAUGUCAUUGCAGGACAUGUGCCCAAGUCUGAACAUCUCAUUAUUGUAUUUGGUGGUGUAGCAGGUCUUGAAGCUGCGGUAAAGGCAGAUAAAGAGUUGCAGGAAAAGGGCCUGAAACCGAGUGAGGCUGAGAAGAUGUUUGAUUAUUGGAUUAAUGUGGUUCCGGGCCAGGGAAGUCGGACCAUCAGGACGGAGGAGGCAGUUUGGCUAGGUUUAAUGGGGCUGAAGGGUGUGGUUGAAGGUAAUGUUUCUUAGGUGCUGCUCGUUUGAUACUAGUCAGGCUUUGGGAAUAUUGCGGGAAGUUGUUGUGCAAUCAUUCCGGAAGAAGUGAGGCUGGCUCUAGAUACCCCUUGCAGAUAUAUUGAAAAAGUUUUAUGCGAUCUGUGGCCUCGCUGGUGUUGAUGAACGAUCUGUUAAUUAGACAUUAAAGCAAAACUCAUGGUUUCAUAUGCUCGUAGUUGCCCAUAGUUCGUGGAGAGAGUAUCAAUCCACCAUUUGAGUUCGCUAGCUAGACGAUAGAUAUGAUGAUUUUUAGGUGAAAGGAGCCCAACAGAAUAUGUGGUCCAUCGCCUUGCCCAAAAAUUGUAUCUCAAAAUAUAUUAACCCAACAUGAAUUAAGAUGGGAAACUCCGGAACCCCUAUUUCCAGCACCCCCUUUUUGUAGCAAAACAC